AUGUCUACAUCCACCCGCUCAAGCAAACGCCAGAAGACCGAGACCGACGACAAACCUUUCCGUCUGGUCUACUGGCCCGGCAUUCCCGGCCGCGGCGAGCACAUCCGACUGGCCUUCGAAGCCACAGGCACGCCGUACACCGAUGUAUCGAACCAGACCGAGGAGGGGGUCGGAGCCGUGAUCAAGCAGGUCAGCGAAGACAACACGGGCGACGAAAGCAACCCACCACCGCUGGCCCCACCGAUCCUCCAGCACGGGGACGACAUCACCAUUUCCCAAACACCCAACAUCCUCUUGUAUCUCGGUCCCAAGCUCGGGUUGGUGCCAGACCCGAAAGACGAUCCCGUGGGACUGUAUCAUGUCAAUGCACUAACAUUGACCGCACUGGAUGGCCUGUCCAAUGAACCCCACGACGUCCACCAUCCCAUUGCCACCACCUUGUAUUACGAGGACCAGAAACCCGAAGCUCUGAAAAAGGCAAAGGACUAUCGGGAGAACCGUCUCCCCAAGUUCUUGGGCUAUUUCGAACGCGUGCUCUCCGGCAAGGCGAGCGGUGGCGGCGAGUACCUAUACGGCGGCAAGCUCACUUAUGCCGAUCUCGUCCUGUUCCAGACCCUUGACGGCGUCAGUUUCGCCUUUCCAAACUGUAUCAGCAAACUCCGGAAGAGCGGCAAAUACGACAAGGUCUGGGCCUUGUAUGAGCGUGUCAAGGGGCUAGAGCCGAUCAAGGCGUAUCUCGCCAGUGACCGACGCUUGAAGUACAGUAUGGGCAUCUAUCGUCAUUAUCCGGAAUUGGACGACCAAGAAUGA